AAUCGCGUUCUGCAAGUGGGCUGAGCAAAUAUAGAGGCUCGUACGCUGUGGCUGUCGGAAUCUCAUCUUUCUAGUCUGGCCAAAACCACGACGUCUCCGGUUCGCUCUCUCUCUAGAUUUGAAGUAUUUUUACCGUUAUAUAACAUCGCCGCGGGCUACCGGCUGAAACCACUAAAAAGGAUGCAACAGGUUGGACUCCGUCCUCUGAGAUGUUAUUGAGCAAUGAGGAUCAGAGAAGGAAAUCCUGCCGGUGAGGCGAACAAGCCGCACACCACCCCCCAACACCACCGCACUUACACCGACUGACACAGCUAUGCCCUGCCUGCCCUCCUGAUUCUCCUCCCCAACCCCUGCACCUUCCCUCGGUCAAAUCAGACCCACAGCAGCCCCAACAACUCAAGUCAAGUCAAGUCAGCAUGGCUACACCCUUCCUGUGGAAGCUGUCAUCCCAGAAGCUGGGCUUCUUUCUGGUCAGCUUUGGGUUCAUCUGGGGCAUGAUGCUUCUACAUUUCACCAUCCAGCAGCGAGCCAGCCAUGAGAACAGCGCUGUUCUCAGGCAGCAGAUCCUGGACCUCAGCAAGCGCUACAUCAAGGCCCUGGCUGAGGAGAACCAAAGUGUCAUGGAUGGGCCCUAUGUGGGUACCAUGACAGCUUAUGACUUGAAGAAAACCCUUGCAGUGCUGCUGGAUAACAUCAUGCUGCGGCUGGGCAAGCUAGAGUCCAAGGUGGAAAACAUCUACAACGGCACGGGGGGCAACCUGACCAACGGCACCAGCACUGCCACACCCAGCGGCACAAACUCUGAAAAAGUUAACGUGGCAGACCUCCUAAAUGGAGCCCAGGAGAAGUGUGAGCUGCCGUCUUUGGAUGGUUUCCCUCACUGCGAGGGCAAGCUCAAGUGGAUGAAGGAGAUGUGGCGCUCAGACUCCUGCUAUUCCAACUACGGAGUGGAUGGAUCCACCUGCUCCUUCUUCAUUUACCUCAGCGAGGUGGAGAACUGGUGCCCUCGCCUGCCCUGGAGGACAAAGACCCUGAAUGAAGAAAUAGACAGGAGGGGACAGGCGCAGGUCCGGACCAGUUUUGAGGAGCUUUACCGCGUGAUGUCACAACGCGAGGAGUUCCGCUGGAUGAUGCUGAGGAUCAAACGCAUGGCUGAGCCGUGGGUCAGCGCCAUCCGCUCGCUGGCUGCCAAGCAGAACCUGGCCAGGCGUCGGAGGAAGAAGAUCCUGGUGCACUUGGGCCUGCUGACCAAGGAGUCGGGCUUCAAAAUAGCAGAAAACGCCUUCAGUGGUGGCCCACUGGGCGAGUUGGUCCAAUGGAGUGAUCUCAUAACCACGCUGUACCUGCUGGGCCAUGAUGUUCGCAUCUCAGCCUCCCUGGCUGAGCUCAAAGAGAUCAUGCGCAAGGUCAUGGGGAACAAAUCAAGUUGCCCGACCCAGGGUGACAAGGUGGUUGAGCUCAUCUACAUUGACAUUGUAGGCCUCACCCAGUUUAAGAAGACGCUGGGACCUUCCUGGGUCCACUACCAGUGCAUGUUGCGGGUGCUAGAUUCGUUCGGGACAGAACCAGAGUUCAACCACGCCCACUACGCCCAGUCCAAAGGUCACAAGACACCCUGGGGGAAGUGGAACCUCAACCCGCAGCAGUUCAACACCAUGUUCCCUCACACCCCAGACAACAGUUUCCUGGGCUUCGUAGUGGAGCAGCACCUCAACGCCAGCGACAUCAAGCACAUCGAUGACAUCAAGAGACAGAACCAGUCACUAGUGUACGGCAAGGUUGACAACUUCUGGAAGGACAAAAAGAAAUACCUAGACAUCAUCCACAGCUACAUGGAGGUCCACGGCACCGUGCACGGCACCAGCACCGUGCACCUCCCGAGCUACGUCAAGAACCACGGCAUCCUGAGCGGCCGAGACCUGCAGUUCCUCCUCCGAGAAACCAAGUUGUUUGUGGGUCUGUCCUUCCCCUACGAGGGUCCUGCCCCCCUGGAGGCUAUCGCCAACGGCUGCGCUUUCCUCAACCCCAAAUUCAACCCGCCAAAGAGCAGCAAGAACACCGACUUCUUCAAGGGCAAACCCACACUGAGAGAGCUGACCUCCCAACAUCCGUAUGCUGAGGUGUACGUUGGUCAACCCCACGUGUGGACGGUGGACAUCGAGAACUCUGCCGAGGUGGAGAGGGCCAUCCGCUCCAUCCUCAGCCAGAAGAUUGAGCCCUACCUGCCCUAUGAGUUCACCUGUGAAGGGAUGCUGCAGAGAGUCAACGCCUUCAUUGAGAACCAGGACUUCUGCCACGGUCAGGUGAUGUGGCCGCCUCUCAGCGCUCUGCAGGUCAAACUGGCCGAGCCUGGCCGCACCUGUAAGCAGGUGUGUCAGGAGGAGCAGCUCAUCUGUGAGCCCUCCUUCUUCCAACACCUCAACAAGGACAAGGACCUGGCCAGGUUUGGUGUGGACUGUCAGACGGUGGAGUCGAGCGCUGACACGGUGGUCCCGGCCUACAGCGAGACUCGCCACCACUGCAUCUUCCAGUCUGACCUGCUGCUGUUCAGCUGCGCUGGCGCCCACCAGUCGCUGCAACGCAUCUGCCCCUGCCGCGACUACAUGAAGGGCCAGGUGGCGCUGUGCAAAGACUGCCUAUAGCACCAACACACAGGCUGAUGAUGAUGAGGGGGGGGCUAACAGAGGAUUGGGCGGGGUUUUUGGGGAAUUGGGGCGAGGCUGGAUGGGAUUAAAUAAAGUCGAAGCAUCUUAACGAGUGCGUGAGUGCGUGAGUGUGUUUGAUAAAUAUGCAGCUGUCAAACACACGCGCCUGACUUUUUUUUGCGAAAAGCUGUCUGGACAGGAAAAACAUUCGUGGGACUGCGUAUGUUCAUCAUAUUUAUUGUUUUCCCCAGCUGCUGCAAGCGAAGCACUCCUGCAGCCAACCUGAGCACCCGUCAACCCUCUGGUUCACCAGCGAGGGCGCUACGAGUCCUGGAAGCGGUGUAAAAUUACUUGAAUCAACAAAGGGAGACGUCUUAGACUUUAAAAUUGCAACAGACGAGCUCUCUGCUGCCACCUUGGUAGAAUUCACAUAUCAGUGACUGCCUGCCUGUUUGUCUUCGGGUUCACCAGGGCAGCAAGGGACCAAGGAGACUCGUACGCCCUUUCUUGACAGCCGCCCCGCCCCUGCCCCCUCCACUCCUACCCCUCCAUCCACCUCCCCUGGUCAAAUCUGAAACUGUUUAUUCUUUAGGUAGGUUUGCACUGGACUGGCAUGCCUGAAGGCCCACAUCCCGACCACACGCGCACACACACACACACACACACACACACACACACACACACACACACACACACACACACACACACACACAGAGGGGCUGUCCCCAGCCUAACAGAUGGCGACUUAAGAAGAACCCAGUUUCUUACUGUAACCAACUCGUUCUGGAAGUUUCCUGAUACACCAGACUUAAAAGUGGUUUUCAUUCCCCCUUAAAAGACCAGUUGUGGAUCAGUCACUGGCACGGUAUGUCCCUUGAUUUUCAUACGUUUAAGUUGCACACUUAUUCUAAAUGAUUUAUUUAAAGUUAUGAAGAGGAUCGAGCGCGUGUGUUUCUACAAAAGGCCAGUAGAGAAUCCUAAAAAUGUUUUUGUUUGACUGUCUCAGCACACCAUCCGGUACUACGCAUACACUGAGCGGUGAGGAUCGGGGAGGGGGUGAGGGUCAUUCUCUGUAGCUAAAGCUGUCGUGUACGGAGUCGCCGUGUCGUAGGAUGUCGUGACGUUGUGUCGUAGAUGAUAGGCCGUCGUCAGUAGCAGUGGUAACACCUAGAAGCAUCGCAGCCCAGGCUAGGAAGCAUUAACAAGAACAUGUUUUCCAACGCCUGCAGAGAAACAUGAAAACCUUACCAAGAUGUUUGUCUGUGUCUUUAUGUGCACAAAGUGUUAAAAAAUACACAGAUCCACACUCAUCUCCCGUCUACCAGACAACUGCUGUAAAUCCUUUCAAGCAAACUGUGAGCAACAAAAACAUGCCAACGAAGCGUUCGUGCAACGCACAACCUCGCAUCUCCUAGUUUUCUUUGGAUAAUCCUUUAAUUUACCUGCAGAUUUGCAAAGAAAAAAAAUUAAGAUGAAAAUAAAAUUCGUAGUUCUUGUGGUGAAUGGGAAAAAAUGCACUAUGUUAAUCUAUUCACAGAGAUUUAACAAGAUAUUAGUAACACUGUAUAUUGUUCAUAUGGGUUUUAAAGUUUUUCUUUUGUAUUUAUUUUGUAUACAGAGCUUUAUCUCUGUGUUUUGCUGGAAAUCUUUGUUUUUUUAUUUAUAGGAGGGGUGUCUUUAUUUUUCUUAUAUUUUUUUUUCCUUUUAUAGAUUUUUAUUUAUGGAGAGUAAUAAAAAAAAAAUGAUAAUAAAUAAGCGUGCUUAUCUUCAAGUGUAUGACCGAGAGGGGGAGGCUUUGUCUGCUUCCGUUCAGCUUUCAGCAGUGAUGUGAAGAGAAAACUUCCUGUCCCUAAUAUGGAGUUCUAUUUGUCCUGCAAUUCUGAGCAGGAAGUGGGACUUUCUUUUUCUGUGCACAAAAUGUACCAGCGCUCGGUCAGAAUUAAGCCCAAAUGUAAGUCCACACCCGAGCUGUACCUUAUAGAGUCCCGCUGGUUAUUUAAUGAUUGGCCUUGGCUUUUCAUAGAAAGUGUUUUAAUUAAAACGUGAUUUGAUAUUUUAUUACUUAAAAUGCUAAAAACUUGCAUGGGGAUUGGUUUUAAACUGAAAUCUUUAGUCUUGAAUAAUGUUAGCCACGGGUUUUAAAUAAAUCCGUUUUAUCGUCUCCUGUUCUUCCUCUCAUCCCUGUCUCUUGAAGAUGGACAGUAGUGGACAAACUUGCCUCGUUUCAUUGUGAAAGCCAGCAGGAGCCUCAUACACUUUGUGCUUUGAUUUCCAAUCUCAGUCUUACUGUUUGCACGUGUAAAUUCAGACUGAAUGGCACCGUUCAGCUACAGUACGCCGCCUGUACUCUCUCCCUGUGUCAGCUCAGACUGUUUUUAUGUUUUCUUUUUUGUUUGAACUUUUUUUUUAAACAGGUCAGUGAUCUGCCGCCAAGUUAGUGUUUCUAAGAUCAUGAUGUGCCUUUUCUUGUGUUUGAUUAUCAGCGAGCUGUUUGGGCCUGACAGUCUGCUGUGGUGUGUCAGAGGUCAAUUUUAAUUUAAUACAGUUUUAAUCAGUUAAUUUAAUCAGUCCAAACCUUGUGAUUUGUUACAUCCGGAUGAGUUUCUCAGGUUUGGAAAAGUAUACUGUUUGGCCAUUCACUGUUAACCAUCAGUGAUUUUAAGAUUUCGGCUUCAGAACUAUAAAAGGAUAACACCAGUGCUAAUGGUCAGUUCAGCAAUUGUUUGCAAUGCAUUCUUGAAAACACCAGAAGCCUUUUAGUAGAUUUACAUGUUUUAUAGUAAUUGGAUUACCCACUUCCAGCAGUAAUUUGAUUUCAGAAACAUCCAUGUACACACAAAAUUUGGUGUCCUUUUUUUCCAGUUAACAAAUGGGCAAUAACCAGUUGUUUUACAUUACUAGAAACUGGUGUUUUGGAGUAAUCAGAUUAAUGUACAUGUACUAUAGUGUAAGUGGGUUUUCUGGUUUAUUGCCUUAAAGUGAUUACUUACAGCAAUCUGUUUUCAGACUCUACGUAGGCUAAAGCAGUGAAGCAGUAAGAAACAACUGGUGUUAUCCUUUUAUUUAAAGGAUAAAGCUGGCGAUAUUCUGUUUUGUUGUCAACAAAUCCAGUGUGCAGACUGAAACAGACAAUGUGUCUGUCAAUACUUCCUGACUUUCCUACCCUGUCUGUGGCUCUCAGCCCAAAGCCUAUUGGACGUAAAUCUUGGCUGACAAAUAUAUAGUUUUAUUUAAAGUCUCAGUAAUUUCCUAAAACAAUAACAAUAAAAUAUUGCCAGGCUUAUCCUUGUACAUGUCAUAAUUCAUUGGGUUCAUAGCUAGAAAUCUAAACCAAUAGUGAAACUUGACUUCAGUUAUUUUUCAAUAAAAAGCACGAAACAUUUUGACCUCCAAUGACGCAUCUUAACAGAAAGAACAGUUUCGGCCCUUCUCUGUGAGCAGCUCUUAAAGGGACAGUUCACCCCACACGGACCUUGUUGUGAGCAGUUUCAUGUAGGAACUGUCGGUAGAAAGAAAAUAGUUCCUACAUGAAACUGCUCACAACAAAUCUGUGGAUUAUCUUAAGUAACCGGGUUAUGUUGCUGUCGAGUUUAUCACAUUUUCUUUUUUUUUUUUUUGGGCGCUUUGAGCACCACAAGCAGAGUUCCAUAUAGUCCCAUUAUGUUCCAGAGAAGGCAGACAUCUCUACGGCCGAUAUCUCCAAAACUCGGCAACUCACACCAAAACAAGAUAGAUCUAGAUGGAUAAAUAGCACUACAGGUAAGAGCAGAAAUAUUUUGGAUUUUGGGGUGAACUGUCCCUUUAAGAUGAGUAGUCAGUCAGACCUGUUUUGUUGCAGCAGAAACCUUAUUUACUUUGUUAGUCAGGCUUAUUCAGAGCAUGCUGUCCAUCAGAUUAUCAACUGUUUGGUUUCAACAGAAAUCAGCUCCGUCUGUUCCUGAAAACUGGAACACCAAUGGUUUCUUCACCAUAUCUGUCUUGGUUAACCUCAGCAUCGAAUGUCUCCGUUGUAAAAAAAAACAAAAAAAAAAAAAAAAAAAAACAACAAAACAAAUAAAACAACAAAACAAAAAAAAACCUUGAUACUUAGUCAUAUGUAUCAAUCUUCACCUUGUUUGAAGCUGUCAGCUAGCAUCCAAUGUCUGAAACACCAGAGCGGUGAUGAUUGUGGUCCAAGCAGCAAAAGGUGAAUAACGCAAUGACAACACUUUUUUUGUUUCCACAGUCCUUGACGAGUAAGAGGGAUAUAACUUUAUUUUUAAAUAAAACUUUUUUCUGUGACAAAA